UUGUUUUUAAGAAAUUAGGAAACCUGUCUGUCUGUCUCUUCAAUUAUUUUUGGAGGUCUCUCUCACUCUUUCUUUCUCCUCCUCUCUAAAAAUAUAACCCAACAAAAUCAUACAUACCCCAUUUCUUCUUCGUCCCUUCCUCUUCUCUUCUCUUCUGUCUGUUAUUUGAAUCUUUGAAGGCCAUUCAACUUAAUUCAGGAAAUAUUUGAGAACAAUUUAUUUAUAAAAUUUAAGAAAGAGAAAUUAAGUAGAAAAUGGGUUUCUGGUCACUGUUUGAAGUGGCUUCAAUGCCCAUUUUACAAGUUUUGAUUAUCAGUGGAUUAGGGGCUUUUAUGGCUACUGGCUAUAUCAACAUUCUUACUGCUGAUGCUAGAAGAUCUUUAAACAAGAUAGUGUACGUGGUUUUCACUCCAGCACUCAUGUUUUCAAGUCUUGCCAAGACCGUUACGUUGCAAGACAUCAUUUCAUGGUGGUUCAUGCCCAUAAAUGUAGGGCUAACAUUUCUUAUUGGAGGAGCCCUAGGAUGGCUUGCAGUAAAAUUACUAAAACCUGGUUUACACCUUGAAGGUUUAGUUAUAGCCACUUGCGCAGCAGCAAACUUAGGAAACCUUGUUCUGAUUGUCCUACCUACUAUCUGCCAUGAAGAUGGCAGUCCAUUUGGGGAUGAUCAUGAUGCUUGUUCUUCUAUAGGCCUCUCUUAUGCUUCUUUUUCGAUGGCGCUUGGUGGGUUUUACAUAUGGACAUAUGCUUUCCACUUGGUGAAGAGUUCAUCUGAAAAGUUUAAGGCAUUAAAAGCAGCAGAAGAGGACACUGAAAGGAAUCCAAACAAGGAUUUAGAAGCUAAUCCAAAAACUCAUCUUCUCAAGGAAGACAUUCAGGUAAUUUUCGAGAAACCGAGUGUGCCCUUAUGGCGAAAGGUCAGGGACAUUGUACAUCAGAUCGUCGAAGAACUAAUGGCACCUCCGACUGUGGCAGCAGUUGUAGGACUCGUUUUUGGAGCAGUUGCUUGGCUGAAGAAUCUUGUCAUAGGAGAUGGUGCUCCAUUUCGAGUGAUUCAAAAUUGCCUCAUAUUGCUUGGGGAUGGAACUAUACCUUGUAUCACACUUAUACUUGGUGGAAACCUGAUUCAAGGAUUAAGAACAGCAAGAGUAAAGCCGAGGGUGAUUUUGGGGAUCUUAUUUGUGAAAUACGCGCUGCUUCCAUCAAUUGGAAUUGGAGUAGUGAAAGCUGCUGAUAGUUUGGGCUUCCUCCCACCAGACCCUUUGUAUCGUUUUGUGCUGAUGCUUCAGUUCGCACUGCCUCCUGCCAUGUCGAUUGGAACUAUGACACAGUUCUUUGAAGUGGGAACAGAAGAGUGCUCAGUGAUAUUCCUAUGGACAUAUGCAUUUGCAGCUCUUGCACUUACUUUCUGGUCUACUAUAUUUAUGUGGAUCCUGGCCUGAACAACAUUUCCUAUAACAAUCAUACUAUUAUGAUUUUCCAAGCAAAAACAACAUGAAAUAUCCUGUAAAAUUGUCACGCAAAUUGCUUAAGGACCCACCGAAUUGGAAAUUUCGAAGGCACGAGGAACAAAAACGAUGCAUACGUAACUCUGCGUAACAAAAACAACAAGAACGCGCGAGCGUUACAUCCAGAAAACAUGGUGAUCAAAUACAGAAUGUAGAAUAAUUCUCCAGGCAUAUGAUUCAAGCUGCUCACACCUUUAUCAUUUUUUGUAGCCUUUUCUUUUUUUCGAAAUAAUAUUGUAGAAAUUGAUGAUAGAAACAUAGUAAAAUCUUAAUUGGAAGGUUUGAUUUCCUUCCGGAAUCCCUAUAUCACUGGUAUAGAAACACGUGCAAUGUACGGUUAUUCAAAUAAAGAUAUAGAAGUAUUAUAAUUUUUAACCAUGAUA